CGCAGUUCCCACGGCACGGGCCGCACUUGCUCCCAAUUUUCGUAAACAACUUAAAAACGCGGCAGUUCUUGUGAAAUUACAUAAAUCUCUCUGAUGACUGUGGCCUAAAGACAUAGAAGCUCUCUGGCGCCGGAUCCUUCAUAUUUACCUGCCGGCCCAACCCGUCACACACGCAAUCCCCGCCAGUCAACCCAAUUAGCCUGAUUUCGUGUACGUCAUCGCCGGGCCCAAAAUAAUUUGCAUUGCGCGGUCGGGCAGCCAAAAACGCCGGACCAAAGUCGCCUUUUGCAUUGUGCUCGAUGGUGACGUCUGGCUUUACUAUUUAUAUGGCCAGCGGGCCAGAGGCCAUAGCACAAUGAGCUGGGUUCGAGAGAUCUGCCAGAUAGCGCUCAUUUACUUGACAAAAGGCACGGGCGCGAUGACCACUUAGCACCCCAGAUGAUAGCUACAUUUCGGUACGAACCAGUACAGCCACCAUGCAGCACAGCACCGCGGGCAGCGAGGAGCGGAUCACCAGUUCCACCAGCAGCCCCAGGUCCGGCCACAAGACCGCUGGCUCCCUGUUUGGCCUGCUGAGCAAGCGACCCAGCAAAGUAGAGCCCCAUCCUGUUACCCCCGAAUCCCCAAGGGUCCAGCAAAGACCCCUGUCCGCCUGCGGACAGUACGAUGUGAGUUUCGCCAAGUGCAGUGCCGAGACGGCCGGCAAUCAUGUGAACAACAAUGGUAGCACUCACAAGAGCCAAACCCUGCCGCUGGAGAAGUCGCACAGCGGGCUGAUCAGCUUCCACAGGCGUGCCAAGCCCGCGAAGAGCAAGAAUCACUCGCACCGCCACAGCACGGAUGCGGGAUCCCAGAGCGAUGGAGGAGCCGAUGUGGUGAUGCGACGCAAAUCGCCCAAACACCGAUCGCCGAAUCACAACCGCUUUAGCCACCAGUUCAGUCUGUGCUGCAAGGCGGAGAAGAAACCGCUGACGCCACCUGUCACUGUGCGGUACAACUCCAUCCCGGAUAGCAACAGCGUGCUGCGGCGGGACAACCUCUCGCUCAGCUGGAGCAUGGUGGACAACAACUCGGUGUCGCUGCACUCCAGCGAGGGAUCCUCGCAUCGACCGCGUCCGUCCAGCGAGUGUGCCAGUGCCCCCGAGUCGCCGGUGGCCACCAAAACCUUCUUUGCCCAGUGCAGUCCGGCUGCGGCCAGCGCUUCGGUGGCCAGGAGCGAAAGUCUACAAAAUCGAUCGCCCAUCAGACCCAUUGCAGUAUCUGCCUGUCGCUCCCGACUGCGUUUAAAGCUCUAUCCACCCGGGCAGGAGCUGCCGCCGCUGCAGUCCGCCGAGGAGCCGGGGGACAUUAAGAGAGCCACCACGCCACAGCACAUGUCUUCGCCCAAUAUUGCCACCCAGCCAGAUGAAAUAGAACCCAUACAGGAGCAGCCCGGUGUGAGGUUUAUGUCGCACGAGAACAUGACCCUCCAACGACAAGGAUCCGGCUCCAAUCUGGCCCGCCAGACUCUGAUGGCGGCACACGCACUGAAUCUCAUCCCGGCGGACAAGGCCAGGGAACGAAGCUAUCUGGAUGGCCGGCUGGGAUCGUCUUCGCUGUUGGGACCCAGUGAACUAGGUCGCGUGCUGCCGCAAAAGGAGGUCACCAUCUUCGUGGGCACGUGGAACAUGAAUGGACACAGUCCGCCCAAACAACUAAACGACUUUGUGUUGCCGCCCAAUGUGGAGCACGUUCCCGAUAUUGUGGUAAUGGGCACCCAGGAGUCCACGCCCGACCGUUUUGAGUGGGAAGUGACCAUUCAGGAGACGCUAGGACCUUCCCACGUGCUCUUUCACGCCACGACACUGGGCACUCUUCACCUGGCGGUUUACAUGCGACGGGAUCUGAUCUGGUACUGCUCGGUGCCCGAGGAUGCCUCCAUGUCCGUGCGCACGGGAUCCGCCUUUCGCACCAAGGGAGCCGUGGCCAUAUCCUUUUGCCUAUUCGGCACUUCCAUGCUGUUCGUGACCUCGCAUUUAACGGCGCACCAGCAGAAGGUGAAGGAGCGGGUGUCGGACGUGAAGCGCAUUAUCAAUGCUCUGGACUUGCCGAGGAAUUUGCCCAAUCUGCGGCAUAAGAAUAAGGAUGUAACACAGAACUUUGACAAUGUGUUCUGGUGCGGCGAUCUGAACUUUCGGCUGGGCGAGCCACGGGAGAAGCUGCUGGAGUGGAUUCAGAAUACCAAGUUCCCGCUGCCAUCGCACUUGCCGCACGGCUACAUGCACACGGAUCAGUUGACUUCCGUGCUUGCGGAUGGCGCCGCUUUUCGCGGAUUCAUGGAGGCGAACAUCACAUUUCCACCUACGUACAAGUACGAUCCGGGAAGUCAGAAUUUUGACACUUCGUCGAAGCAGCGGGCGCCCGCUUAUACUGAUCGGAUUCUCUACAAGUACCGCCAAAUGCAGGGCCUGGUCAUCCGUCGGCAGACUCUUGUGCCGGGCGUGUCCACGCCCACGCAGCCCUACGUCCAGUGCCUGCUCUACGACUCGGUGCCGUCGAUAACCACCUCGGACCACAAGCCGGUGUGGGCGCUCUUCCGAACACUCAUCCGAGCAGGAACCGAUGCAAUUCCCCUGGCUGCUGGCCUCUUCAGCCGCGACAUUUACCUGGAGGGAAUGCGACGGCGAUUGAAUAACCAAUAUACCGGCGCCUCGGCCGUGUGUGUGCUACAGUAAACUACUGAGGUGCUAACCAAAGUUAGGAAUAGUAGGCCUUCUUUACCUGGGAAUCUAUUUAGUCAUUACUCGAAUCUCAAAGUACUAGUCAAUGCUUUCCUACGGUUGUGUGACGUCUUUGUAGUACCCCGAUUAGAUUGUUAUCUAGUGCGCUUUUGGAUACCUAAAUAAUGAUUUAGCCGUGACUUACCCUGCAAUGCUGCGGUAGUUCUUAGGCGCUGCCUUUCGCCUCGAGGCCUUAGUCGUAAUACGUUCCUUAUGAGAUUAUUGAAUACAUACUCGAGCAGCAAUUCUGUACCUCUACUCUGAAGCACAAGCUUAGUCUGUAGUUAAACUAAAUCUGUUAGUUAAAGUUUAGUCAAAUAUUAAAAUGAAAUCGAAAUAUGAAUUACUUUGAAUGUGUAAUCUAAACUAGCAGUAAAUAUACUAUAUGAAUCUGG